ACCCAAUUAAACUCAUCAAAAUAUAAAUUAAUAUUCCUCGCACGCCAUGGUGAAGGCUGGCAUAACGUCUUGGAUAAAAGAUCAGACUGGGACUACAUUUCAAGGUUUGAUACAUUUGAAAAUUAUACCCUCUUUGAUGCAGACCUAACACCAAAGGGUGAAGAUCAAAUUGAACAAGUUUCUGAAUAUUGGACCAAGGAAUUAAAGAAUGAUUCACCAUACCCUGAUUUAUUCUAUAUCUCGCCAUUGAGAAGAACUCUACACACUUAUCACAUCACAUGGUCACAGAACGAUGAUGGAAUCAUACCAAUUGUUGAUGAGGACCUAAGAGAAAGAUAUGGUAUUCAAACCCCAGAGAAACGUCACACCAAGGAUUGGAUUGCCCAUUAUUGCCCAACAUGUGUCUUUGAAAAUGGAUUCACUGAACAGGAUGAAUUAUGGCAACCUGAUGUGGAGGAAACUAAACAACAUGUUGCGGAAAGAGCGACUGCUUGGUUAAAGACCGUUUUCGAAAAAGAUGAACAGAUAGUCAGUGUCACUACUCAUUCGGGAUUGAUUGCACAGUUGUUGAAAGUUAUUGGGCAUCCGAAACAUCCUCUUUACCCUGGUCAGUUGAUUCCUGUUGUUGUUAAG